GAGAGAAGACCGGAAUAGAGAAAAAGUCACUUGCUCUUCCAAGGAUUUUAAAUAACUUAACUCUAAAACAGUUCUGCUAUACUAUGUCUCAGCGGGUGGUCCAGGUCCAACCGGAGAGUCGGGUCCAUGAGGCAGAUCAGUGGAGCACUGGUCUGUGUGAGUGCCAUAAAGACAUCGGGGACUGCUGCUUUGCCCUGUGUUGCCUCCCAUUGUUUACCUGCAAGGUGACCAGUGCAGUGGGUGCGUGUCCCUGUCUCCCUCUGCUGGAUUGUAUUGGCUGUGUACCGCCGGCCGCACUCGCCAUGAGGGCAUCUGUCAGGGAAAGAUAUGGCAUACAGGGGAGUGUGUGGAGCGACUGCUUGUACGGAUGCUGCUGCUAUCCACUGUCCUGGCUCCAGAUCUCCAGGGAGCUGAAGAGAAGAGCAGCAUCCCACGCUUCCUCCUCCUCAUCAGCCAGAUACACUUCCCUGACCUCCCUGCAGGGGGCGCACUUAGUCUAGACAUAUACAACACUUUUUUUCUUCUUUUUUUUUUGCUGCUACCAGUCCUCCAGAGCACAGGGCCUGAUUUAAUCACACUUCCUCCAUCCUGCAGCCGCUCCCUUUCAGCUCAGAUACUUCAGCAGGGUCACAAUGUAUCCCACUGAGAGGCAAGUUGAUUUUGUCUAAUAUGAAGAGAAGGAACCGUGAGAAAGGUCAUUUAAAGGUCCAGUGUGAAACACUUAUGGGGGUUUAUUGGUAGAAAUUAAAAAAAAAAUGCCGUACAUAAGUAUGUUUGUAUAAAUGUAUAAUAGCUUUAAUAUAUUAAAAUAAAGGGUUUACUUUUCGUAGCCUCAGAAUAAGCCUUUGAUUUGUACUUUAUGCAAGGGCCUCGCUUUACAGAGUCCGCCAUCUUGUGCCACCAUGUUGCCGCAGCAGGCCAAAACACAAUUUAAAAUAAUGAACAUGAAACAAAACAUUCAUCCACAGUUUUCCGACA